CCUCUCCAAAAAAGACUCUUACUGUGGUGUUCAGAAUCAUUUCUAGAAAUCUGAAACCCCAAGAUGGACCUCAGUGCUGCAGAUCACCGCAUACCUCUAAGUGAUGGAAAUAGCAUUCCUGUCAUCGGGAUUGGUACCUACUCAGAACCUAAAAUAACCUCUAAGGGGGACUGUUUGACAGCAGUGAAGAUGGCCAUCGAUACGGGGUACCGGCACAUUGAUGGGGCCUACAUCUACAAGAACGAGCAUGAAGUGGGGGAAGCUAUCAGGGAGAAGAUAGCAGAAGGAAAGGUGCAGAGAGAGGAUAUUUUCUACUGCGGAAAGCUGUGGGCUACAAAGCUUGACCCGGAGUGGGUUCGCCCAACCCUGGAAAAGACACUCAGCGUCCUCCAGCUAGAUUAUGUCGAUCUUUACAUCAUUGAAGUACCCAUGGCUUUUAAGCCUGGAGAUGAAGUCUAUCCUAGAGAUGAGAAUGGCAGAUGGUUAUAUCACAACACAAAUCUGUGUGCCACUUGGGAGGCUUUGGAAGCUUGCAAAGAUGCUGGCUUGGUGAAAUCCCUUGGUGUAUCCAAUUUUAACCGCAGGCAACUGGAGCUAAUCCUGAACAAACCAGGACUCAAACAUAAACCAGUCAGCAACCAGGUUGAGUGCCAUCCGUAUUUCACCCAGACAAAACUCCUGAAAUUUUGCCAACAGCAUGACAUUGUCCUUAUUGCAUAUAGCCCUUUGGGGACCUCUAGGAAUCCAAUCUGGGUGAAUACAUCUUCCCCACCCUUGUUAAAGGAUGCCCUUCUAAACUCUCUGGGGAAGAAGUACAAUAAGACAGCAGCUCAAGUUGUUCUGCGUUUCAACAUCCAACGAGGAGUGGUUGUCAUUCCUAAAAGCUUUAACCCUGAGAGGAUCAAAGAAAACUUUCAGGUCUUUGACUUUUCUCUCACCGAAGACGAUAUGAACAAGAUUGAAGCCCUGAAUAAAAAUACCCGCUUCGUGGAACUGCUCAUGUGGUGUGAUCAUCCUGAAUACCCGUUUCAUGAUGAAUACUGACAUCAGAGAACUCCUGAGCUGAGUCCCACCCCUCAGCCCCCAGCCCGUGUCCAUUGUGUGCCAGGACCUUUGGCUGGGUGCUUCCCCCAGAUGUGGAAACUAAAGGGGUUUUUACUAUCCUCAGAUGAAGUGGUGACAGUAACAGCCUUAAGUUCUGUGUAAUAUAAGUAACUUUGGCUUAGCUAUGUUGAAGAAAAAAAUGUUUAAAUCUGUAGAAAUAAUGGUUUGGAAAUAUUAAAUACCAUAGUGCUUAGCAAAGCCAUGAUUUGGUGGUUAUUUCCAGCCAAUAUGUGUUUGGUUAGCUUUCACCCAGGUUAAGGGAUGGAUAACUGCAGGUUCUCUCUUGCAUGCUUGAAAGGGCCUGAGCUGCGACAUAACUGGGGAUCUAUACUUACACAGUCACUCUCGGCCCCAUUCAUUAUACGACCACCAUUCUGUGAAAUGGCUUGAGACUAUCAAGAUACACAAAUAAAGUCUUGUAUCAUAAAAUGGUCCAAAGAUAACUAUUUUAAAAGAAAGCAUCUUAAAAGGAGGCCUUAGGAAAUAUAUUGAAAACAGAAACUUUAUAAAAUUAUUCUACAUAAGACUUUAAAAGUGUUAUUGGGAUAAUUAUGUGACUUUUGAGAAAGCAAGUUCAAAAGAACACUGGUACUUUUACUGUAUGUAAAUUUUUUAAGUGAAUAAGAUUAUUAGAAUUCUGCGAUAGAGACAUACCUAUUUUCAGUUCGACUAAAGCAAUAUAUUUUAUUCAUUCACAUGAAGUCACUCCCACAAGGCAAGAUAGUUCUUCAAAACCUAUGUUCAUCCAAGAUCAAUUGCUUACAGAUGAUCUUCAAUGACCUGAAAACAUUUACUUCUGAGUGAUCUCUACUCGUUAUUUCCACUAAUUCCAAUAUUAAUACUUAUCAUGCUGUCCUCUGGAAAAUAUUUUGUUCAAAAAAAUUAAUAAAAUAGAAUGAUUUUUCCAAUAUAUGGUGAUGAAAAGAGAACUG